CAAUCAGUGGUGGUGGAUUUUCAAAGAGAAAAAAAAAAAAAAAACGCAGUGGUGGUGGUGGGUGAGCACUGAGCAGGUAAUGUAAAACUUCAAGGCCACGAACGAUGAGAUCUCCCAACGCCAGAGUUUGAUCUCCGAUCACCCUCCAACUCCAAGGCGCGAAGUUAAGACGGGCGUGAAGCCAUGAAUAUCCUUCGAAGGGUCUCUUCCAAUUUCCCGCGAGUUUUGGGAUUCGCGCGGAGGACCUUCAAUUCAAGUAGAUUCCUUGCUGACUUCGUCGACUCUUCCCCUCCCGCUACCGCUCUCGGCGUUCACGUCUUCCAUUGCCCUGAUGAAGUUGGCAUCGUUGCGAAGCUAUCGGAAUGCAUCGCUUCCAGAGGAGGAAACAUACUCAGCGUCGAUGUCUUCGUCCCCGAAAACAAGAACGUCUUCUAUUCCAGAAGUGAGUUUGUAUUCGACCCAAUUAGAUGGCCACGGGCGGAAAUAGAUGAGGACUUCUUCAAAAUUUCAAAAUUGUUCAAUGCAAUGAGAUCUGUUGUGAGAGUGCCUGAUCUGGAUCCCAAAUAUAAAGUAGCAGUUCUUGCUUCAAAGCAGGACCAUUGUCUGGUUGAUUUGCUACAUGAAUGGCAGGAUGGCAAACUACCUCUUGAUAUUACUUGUGUAAUAAGUAAUCACAAUAGAGGUCCAGAUACCCAUGUGAUUCGGUUUCUAGAAAGGCAUGGAAUUCCAUACCAUUGUUUGCAAACAAAUCGAGGGAAUAAAAGAGAAGGAGAGAUCUUGGAUUUGGUUCAUGGAACUGAUUUUCUAGUGCUUGCAAGAUACAUGCAGAUAUUGUCUCAAAAUUUUUUAGAGAGCUAUGGGAAGGAUAUAAUUAACAUCCACCAUGGCCUUUUGCCAUCAUUCAAGGGUGGAAAUCCCUCUAAACAGGCCUUUGAUGCUGGAGUGAAAUUGAUUGGUGCAACCAGUCACUUUGUAACAGAAGAGCUUGAUGCAGGACCAAUAAUAGAGCAGAUGGUUGAGAGAGUUUCCCAUCGAGAUAAUCUACAGAGUUUUGUGCUGAAAUCUGAGAACCUUGAGAAACAAUGCUUAGCAAGGGCAAUAAAAUCGUAUUGUGAGCUUCGAGUGCUGCCUUAUCAGGAAAACAAAACUGUUGUAUUUUAAAAUUAAGUAAAAAUGAGAAGGGGAAAUUGAAAAGUAAUUGUAAUUUGUAAAAUUGAUUAAUAAUUUUAAUUAAAUUUUCUUGCUCUCUUAUCGUUGCA